AUGCCGCCCCGGGCAACCGCCGGUGUCGCCCGUAUCUCAAACCGCUACUGCUGUGAGGCAUACUUGGAUGACAUUGUCAUUUAUUCUCCGAUGUGGUGCUCCUCCAUGAUUGGUGUAUCCAGGGUGGAUGGAUCUUACCGACUGGCUAACGACCGGGAGGCAGCGCAUAAGAAGACACCGCCAGGGACUGCCACGUCAUUCAUCCUCGGCCCAACCCAACCGGCAGACCGUGUGUUCACUGGGUCAUCUGAAUCACCCUUUGUCUGGUCCCUCACCCAGGACCAGUUUGCUAUGGGAGAGCCUACCAGGGUGCAGACGCCCCUGGACAAUUUAGCCCCUGGGAUCCCUGGGACACACAAACCCCUCCACUUCACAGGAAAGCUUUAUCCUUGGAAGAGAUGUAUGUGUGACGCUUCUACAGAAAAGCAGUUAUUUGUUGUACUUGUACUGAUCUACAUAUUUACUGUUGUAGGAAAUGUCUUAAGAUACAUUCUCUAUGAAGCUUGCUUAAGUUAUAUGUUCUUUGUUUUGUUCUUUGCAAGUAUUCAGUCAUGGACACUUGUCAUUAUGGCAUAUGACAGAUUUAUAGCCAUUUGGUUCCCUUUAAGGUACCAUAGUAUUGUGACUAAAACAUCUAUUGCUGCAAUGCUAGCCUUUGAAUGGUUGCUUAUAACAACCAUUGUGGCAUCUACUGUUGGGCUUAUUGAUCGCCUUUCCUUCUCACUGAGCAGAAUUGCGUCAGGAGAGGAACGACUCAAAGCACUGAAAACUUGUACUUCUCAUGUGAUUCUAGUUGCUAUUUUCUUUUUGCCAUUGGUGGGAACAAACAUAGCUGCAGUGGCCUCCUAUAUUCAUCCUAAUGCCAGGAUCAUAAACUCAACUUUGACAUACACCAUACCAGCUUUGCUUAAUCCUAUUAUAUACGCUUUAAAGACAGAAGAAGUGAUGAAUGCCGUGAAGAAGCUUUGGAAAAAAAAAACUUUUAUAAACACAGCAUAAAAAUGAUGAACUUAUUUCACCUUUCCCUGACAUAAAAUUGCUCUGUUACAGAAUUUUCUUCACAAUACCCGCUGUUUUAAAAAAGCUCAGAACAUUAUAAAAGAUAACUCACACCCUGGGCACUCCCUGUUUGAACUGUUUCCCUCGGGCA